UCCCGGGCGCUCUCGCAUACCACCAGAACUUGACCUGCAUACUGCAACAUCUCCACUUCCGCACUCCUCCCACUCCUCCGCGUCGUCAUAGCCUGACGAAUCGACAACCCCCUUCGAAAUACACACACAUACCAAGCCUAGCCUUAGUUACCAACAAGUAGUCGGACAUGUCGAACACUCAGAUGGAGCCUCCUGCCGUCUCGGCGACCGCGACGACGACGACGCAGCCACAGACGCAGCCACAGACGCCCGCGCCACAGUCCUUGUCCUCGCAACUCGCAACUCUCAAGAUCAACACGGGACCGCCGGUGGAUCAGGACGGCGCCUUCCUUCAGGACAGAGUGCUCAAAAGCGGCUGGCUCCACAAACGCACGAGAAAGACAAAGGGCUGGAAACGUCGAUGGUUCGUGCUGCGAGCAGACCGUCUCUCGUGCUACAAGGACCAGAAGGAGUACAAAAUCCAUCGCCAGAUCUACCUGUCCGAUGUCACCGCCGUGACGGUCCUCAAGGACCCCAAGCAGAAGCAUCCCCCGUUCGCGUUCGGCGUGUUCACGAAUUCCAAGAACUUCCAUUUCCGCUCCGAGUCGGAGGAGGAGACCAAGGACUGGACCGAGAAGAUCUGGGCAGCGGUCGCGCAGGAGGUGCCGGGGGACAUGAUGCUGAGCUCGCCGAUCGCGGCAGCGGGGAUCGCGAGUCCGCCGCUGCAGGGACAUGCCCCGGGUAUGAGUGUGAGUGCAAGCAAACGCGCAAAGGUGUUUGGAGCGGGAGUUGGUAACGGUGGGCGGGUGUCGUCGCAGACUCUGGACUACUCCGGGCCCGAUGUCGGAUCCGUUUCGUCGCUGUCGGAUGCGGCGCGGGUGUCGCAGCUGUCGCUCGCGCAACACCACGAUGCUGGCUUUCUCUCCGGUGGUGAGACUACCGAUAGCAAGACCACGAGCGUGGAUCCGCCCAGAAUCGCACGGAACGGGUCGGGUUACUCGUCGACUGAGCAGUUACCGAGAGUCAUCUGGCAUGGUUAUCUUUACUGUUUGAAGUCGAAAGGAGGCGUGAAGCAGUGGAAGAGGUACUGGAUAGUCGUGCGCAACAUCAACAUUGGUUUCUACAAGAACGAGGAGGAAUACCGAGCAAUCAAGAUCCUACCACUCGACAGCGUCGUCGAUGCGGUCGAGAUCGAUCCUCUGUCGCGAUCGAGGCGACACUGCCUACAGAUCAUCUCGGAGUCGAAAGCGUACAGGUUCUCGGCGCCGGAUGAGGAGGUUCUCGUCAAGGUCCUGGGAGCUCUCAAGAGCACGCUGGCCAAGAGCAAAGCUCCCUUGCCGCCAACACCACCGCCAACCCAGGCACCAUCCGUCCCUGCGCCGGCAGCAGCAGCAGCAGCAGCAGCACCAACACCAGCGCCAGCACCAACAGCGGUACACUAAUAUCUCGGCACCCACAAAGUCCACCCGAUUCUCCUUGCUGGCGAUUCUGGCACCGGUAGAUGCAUCUUUUCCCUUUUUCAUUGAGCGAUCCUUCGUCUGCACUGUUCAUUCUCCGCUUGGACCUCCGGGGUUUGACCAAAUUUCGGCAACGGCAAUGGCAAUAGCGAAACACACAGGCACACACGCGUCAUACAUACAGAGUCACAACACAUUUGCGUUUUUCAUUUGAACUUGAA